AACAUUCUGGCUCUUCUUGAUGGAGCUAAAAGGGACAUCUCCAUCCAGAUGUCAACAUUAACAGACACCUACAAAGUCCCACAGGAGGAUGGCAUGGAAGAACUUGUGGCGUAUUUUGAAAGCCAGAGACUUAUUAUCAAUCAAGAUGCUCUUUCUCAACUAAAGUUGCUGAAUAAGUCCCUGCCUCAGUCCAAAUGUGUGGAAAGUUGUCAUCCUGGAUUUGUCAAGAGGGCUCGAGAAGGAGAGCCAGUUUGCUGCUAUGACUGUGUUCCUUGUCCGGAGGGGACCUUCUCCACUCAGGAAGAUACGGAAAAAUGCACCAAGUGUCCAGAUGAUAACUAUCCAAAUAAGAACAGAGUCCAAUGUAUCCCCAAAGUUAUAACCUUCCUGUCUCAUGAAGAAUAUCUGGGCAUCACCCUGGUCUCUUUUGCUCUACUUUUGUUCCUGAACACAAGCCUUGUUUUAAUCAUCUUCAUUAAAUACCGAGAAACUCCCAUUGUCAAAGCCAACAACCGGGACCUCUCCUACAUCCUCCUGGUCUCCCUCCUGCUUUGCUUCAUGUCUCCUUCUCUCUUCAUUGGUCAACCAAGGAAAGCCACCUGCCUUCUCCGGCAAACAUUUUUCAGCAUCAUCUUCUCAGUUGCCGUUUCUUCUCUCUUGGCCAAAACCAUCACGGUGGUGCUGGCUUUCCUGGCCACAAAACCAGGAAACCGGGUGAAGAGAUGGUUGGGGAAGAGCUUGGCCAACUCCAUCAUCCUCUCUUGUUCUGUUGUCCAAAUUAUCAUCUGCUCCAUCUGGCUGGGAGUUUCUGCCCCCUUCCCUGACUCUGACCUCCACUCCCAGCCUGGAGAGAUCAUCCUGCAAUGCAACGAAGGGGCCGUUGUCAUGUUCUACGUCACCCUCAGCUACAUGGGCUUCCUGGCUGCCAUCUGCUUCACGGUGGCUUUCCUGGCCAGGAAUCUGCCUGGCGCCUUCAACGAAGCCAAGCUGAUCACCUUCAGCAUGCUGGUCUUCUGCAGUGUCUGGGUGACUUUUGUGCCCACCUACCUGAGCACCAAAGGGAAAUCCAUGGUGGCUGUGCAGGUCUUCUCCAUCCUGGCCUCCAGUGCUGGUCUGCUGGGCUGCAUCUUCAUCCCCAAGUGCUACAUUAUCCUUCUGAGGCCAGACCUGAACACAAAGGAGCAGCUCACAGGCAGAACAAAUGUAAAAACAUGAGAUAUAACACCAUUAUGAUAUUGGAAGAAUUGUUAACGGUUCUUUUAUUUGAAAGGAGAUAUUCUUUCCAUGUAGACAGUAUGCCAAAUAAUAUGUCAAAGAAUAGUAUGUCAAAGAAAAUCAUAUCUAUUUUUCAAAAUGGGAAAUUGUUGA